UCGAUUAUAUCGCCAGUGGUUAGCCCAGCUCUACACCUUGAAUUCGGACAAUUUUUGGAGCACUUGUUUGUUUUGUUUACAAUUCCACGACGGAUCUCAAAAGAGAACUGGGAUUAUUUAGUAAUUUGUCCAGAAAGACAAGCUUUACGGGUCAGAGGAGCAGUCCACCCGGGGAGAACGCCCCAUGAGCAGUCUUCCGCAGAAAUUACCGGUCGCGUGUUUUUUCGCCCGACAGACCCCUGAAUUUCCGAGAAUAUCAGCUAUUUAUGGCUUCGAAUGCGCAACUCGGAAAAAUCAUUUUGAUAGCCGCAAUCGCCGUUUUCUUCUAUUACUUCUUCUGGGUGGCCGUCCUUCCGUUUAUGCUCAUCGAUGAAGGUAAUCCCAUUCGGCUGUUCUUUCCACCGCUAAAAUACGCUUUCAUAGUACCCACUGUGUUCGGGGUAAUCUUCCUCGGCGGCAUCGCCGCGUUCUCCUUCUAUCAUAUCUGGAGCCUGAGGGUGAAACGCGACUAA